GAGAUGAGAAAUAGAGCGAGAAUGAGAGGCUGGAGGGCAAAGAGCAGCCUUCAGGUCCCCUCUCCCUGGCCUGCAACUCUACCAAGCUCUGCGACCCUUCCCUGCACCCAGGGAUGCUCCCUCGCCGCUUGUAGGCAGUGUCACCAUGGCAGCCCAAACACAAGGCAAGCGCCUCCCAGGCUACUCGCGCGUCUCCUGGCGGGACUUGCGGCGCUCGGGCGGCUCCCGGGCCGGGAGAGCGCAACUAUAGCAGCUCCCGGGCCGGGAGAGGAUCGCCGCGGACUCCUUUCCCCGCUCUUCAGGGUUCUUCUAGCGGCACCCGCCAUUUUGACCCGUGGCGCAGCGCCCGGAGUAUCUUUGGGAGCCGGGAGGCCACUUUUUGGCUGUCGGUGGCUUCCCCUGGGAGUCUUGGCGGGCGGAUGGACACGCACGUCUCCGCCGGAUCCUCGUCCUCCUUCUAGACUGGUUAAACAAGUUCAAGUUUCCCUCGCGGCCUUGGCCUCUUUCCUUUCUUCUUCCCUCGCCGCCGCGCAGAAGAACAGACUGCUUGCUGAUACAUUGAAAUCAUUUGAUCAGUUGCUAAAAUGUUCAAAAAUGAAUAUCAGAUAAGAAGAGGACUUGAGAUCACCCAUAAGUACUCCAGACAGUAGCUCCUCACAAAGAAACUUCAGGACAGCCAUCCCUGGUGGUUUAGAGUUAUGAGAGAAGAGGGAAUAGCCAUCUUUUCCCUCAGACUGAUUGGCGCCUUGAAAAGGACACUAGGUUCAUAUACUUUGUUUUCUAAUCACUUUUGGAAAUUGCUUGUUAAUAGCUUUCUGCUAUUAGGAACCUUUGGAUAGCACUGGGGUGGCCCAUUCGUUGAAAUCUUCAGUGCUCAAGGCAAGAACACUGGGACCAAAUGGAAAAUUUCUGGCAAUCCUUCAGUCAUAGGGAAAGUAUGUUUUGGAAAUAAAUGGAAUAUGAUAAGGAAGUGAAAGGUUUCGUCAUUGUCCUGGAAGGAAGUGGUCAAACCAACAAGAUGCAGCUUCCAAAAGAAACUAAGCAGGCCCUUGGACUGAUCCAGCAAUUUUUGGUACUUCAAAUUUACCUACCACUGGGACAAGAUUUCUCAGCUGAAUUACUGAUAACUGAUUUAGGAAAUAUUAAAAGAAGAUUGUAUUUAUCGACGAUUCACAAAGAAUUGUCUGUAACCCCUCUGCAUGCAAAAAUCCCUCUCUUUAUGAUCAAACGCAAAAUUUGGUGCAAUUUGUGCAUUGACUUGGUGGCAUUUACCAGUGAGAUAUUCAAAGGCGCUGUUUUUCAGUCUUUGGAUGGCAUUAUUGUUUCAGCCAACUGUAAACUGCGAAAAAUCUUCACACUGAAGUCAACCCCCCUGAACGCCGCAGAUGACGAUGCUGAUGGACCAAGAGAUACGAUUCCUCGAGCCUGUCAGUUAAAUGCAGAUGUGCCGCAAGUCACACAGCUGCUAAACAUGAAGAAACUGCGCCAAACAGAACAAAAAUGUAGAGGCCAGCCUUUAAAUUCACCAGAAUUAGAUCCUCCAACAAACCGAGCAUCAGCUACUAUACGUAACAAUAAAAGUCAAGAUAUAUCCCACAUUGCAUUUGGAUCUAAAGUCCUUGGGCCACCUCCUCUCUCAGGACGAAGGCUCACAACAAGGGCAUCUGGGGAGUCAACAAAAUCGAGCCUUAGGACAAAAAGGUCAUGCCAAAUGCCAACUUUGGAAAAGAGAGCAGAACCAGUACAAGAUACAGUAGUGACUGAGCAGUCUCCAUCAUCAUUCGAUAUGGCUUUAGAUAAAAAAAAUAUAGAAAAUAUCUGUAACACAAAUCAAGUUUCCCUGGACAAGGAUGAAUGGAUAUUUCCUGACAAAGAAAACUCUCAACUGGAGUCCAGCAAUCCUCUGCCGAUAGCCUAUGAAACAUUCCAUGAUGUUUCAGCCUCUGCCCAAAGUGAUGACCAAAUAUAUGAAAGCAAAGAAGCAGCUGAAGUGCCUGAGGAUAUUUUCACCUACUCCUCAAAACCUCGAUCAGCACCUCAUGGAAAGCCCUUGAGUCUUUCUUCAGAAGAUUGCACUUUUUCUUUGGAUUUGAAGGACGAAAUUAGCAAGGACUGGCGAGGAGCUCAAAUGGAAGAUGAUUUCUAUGGAAAUGAGAGCAAUGGAGAGGAUGAUAGUUACAUGGACUCCCUCAUGCAAGAGAAUCAGAAUCUUCCAAAUAACUAUUUCAUAUCAGCAUUCCCUCAGCCAGUAAUAUCCAAGGAGAUUCUUCCCAAAAUGGCACCCAAGAGUCCUGAAAGCAGGACAUACAACUUCUGUACAAAAAGGACUGAAGAAGAAGUAUCACCACAAUGUAUUGAAGAUUCUGUUGUGAUAAUGGACAAAGCAAAUAAGAUACAAAGAAGCUUGUUGCCCACUUCUUGUUUAUCCCCUAUCGGAAACCUAUCUGAACCCUGUAAGGAAAUAUCUAGCAUCUCAAAAGAUCUCUCCACCAGUGCAUUAAGAAGUUCCAUAAGUAGAAAGUCCUUAAAAGAACUCCAUCUGGAGGACUCAAAUCCAGUAGUUCAAAUUCCUGAAUACAAUUGGAAAGACUACCAGCCAAGCAACAUGACCAUGUCUGAAAUGCAGAUGUUGGCUAGCAUGAAAAGGCAGCAAAAUGAAGAACUGGAAUCUAAUGGACCUUCACAUGGGUUGAGUGCCUCUCAGAUCAACAAUUGUAAUAUUAGCAUCAGCACAAGCAGUGAUGACACAAAUACCUGGAAUUCAUGCCUCCCAGCACCUGUGAAUCAAGGAAGUCACUAUCAGAAAGAAAUGAACCCUCUUUCUCAGUCCAAUCCAAGGGAUUGGCUACAAGUCUUCAGCCCUCCUAUCAUUCCUCCUAGCCAACAGGUGGCAGAAUAUAACAAAGCUUCAGCAAACAUAAGUGCCCAAGGUGAAGGUGAAGGGAGGGAAGAAGAUGAAGUUCUCACUCUCUUGUACGACCCAUGCCUAAACUGCUACUUCGAUCCUGAGACUGGAAAAUAUUAUGAGUUGGCAUAGAUAUGUGAAGAAAUAUGGAGCGCCACAAAGAGCACAAACUCUGCAGCACCCAGAGCUUUGGCAAAUGCUGUUCUCCCUGCCCCUAAGGCGAACAGAGAAAGACUCGAAAAGACCAUGAAAUAUUUUGUUUCCUUUUUCCAUUCCUGCUAUUUUUAUCAGAGUGCUUAGAAAGAUCCUCUGACUUUUGUACACAUUUAAUUUGUUCCUAUUAUUUGCAGUAUGAAAGAUUCCUACCUGUGAACUGAAUUACACCAAAUCAAAGAUAUGUCCUGGAUUUAAUCUGUGAAAGCUUGCAUAGUUUUUUUUCACCUAGCCAUUUUUUUUAUUCCCCAGUCAUUUAAAGACAUAUAUGGCAUCUUUGUACUUUAAAAAUACAAUGUUCAGAAAGAAGUACCUCCAUCAAUUGUCUUUUCUUUUUUUAUUCCUGCUAUUUGUUAAAACAAUAUUCUUUAAAAAAAAUAUAUAGGGGGGUAACAAACACCUUAGAGGAUAAUGUCAAGAUUCAGGAGGAUCUUGACAAAAUGGAACAAUAAGAAGAAUACAGGACAAUGAAUUUCAACAGGAAGAAAUGCAAAGUCCUGCAUUUGAGCAGGAAAAAUCAAAGGUAUGAGUACUGGUAGCCCUUGAUUUAUGACCAGUCGCUUAGCAACUAUUCAGAGCUACAAUGGAGCUACUUACAACCCAGAUUGGAAUUUCCACAGCCAAGCCUCCUGUGGUCACAUCAUUGCAUUUGGGUCACUGGACUACCAGCCCACAUUUACUGGGAUUUGCAGUCCCAUGACCACAAUUAUGACAUUUAUUUCCAGAAACCGCUUUACUUUUACUUUUCCAUUUUCUGGCAAAAAGAAAUGCACGUUACAGAUAAUUGAUUCCCUUAACCGCAAUGGUGAUUCGCUUAACAGCUGCCGCAAAAGGGUCAUAAAAUCAGGCAUGGUGACCCACUUAACAAUCGGUACAACUUACAACUGGAAUUCCAGACUCAAAUAUGAACAUACGUGGCAGAUUACCUGUAUAAGACUAAGGGAGCCUAUUAGGCGAUUUGGGUGUUUUAGUGGAUCCCUAGUUGAAAUGAGCCAGCAGUGUGAUGCAACUGCAAAGAAAAAGAAAA